AUGCGUUUCGCACUGUCACUAAGUCUCCUCGCGAUGCGUUGCAUCACACCGGUCUACUCGCUCGCAAUCGAUGCCUCUUUGACCAUCGAGGGAAAGCCAAUGCCCGACAAAUGGAUCAGAUAUGAUCUGACACCUGUCAAUACGACAAGUACUGCCGUUUCUCUCACUCCUCGUACAGACGUCGAUGUCUGUGAAAUCAUUAGAACUACUGCCUCCUGUUUGACCAUCGUCAAAAUCCUCAGUGGCUUUGUCGCGUCCGCGGCAGCCUCGAUCAAAUCUGUAUCAAAUGACGGCAGCUGCGCCAAAAUUUCUGGUUCCUUUGAAGGUAUUUCAUGGGUGUAUUAUGCAACUGGGCGUAACUGUGACACGACAGCCGAAGCUUCUACUAUUCAAGGUGCUCUAAAACACCACCUGGAGACAGUCGAUGGGAGUCAAGUGUGCGGCACGGAAUGUCUCGACCUUACUCACUCAGGUACAUGGAACGGCUACCUCCUUUUUGGGCCUACAAGCAACUUCAAUAGUGCUGCAUAUUGUGGACCGACAUUACCUUACUCAAAAUGCACAUCCGGAGGAAAGAAUGACUUGUAA